AUGUUUAAUGGCCUUGUUGUUCGCCUGGUCCCGGGUUCCUGUUGCCUGCUGGUGACUGUUGAAGCAGUUGAACCGAAUGAGAAUGAGCACAAUGCCAGCGAUGAGGACAUGGAGAACGAGGAGUUUGGCGAGCCAGAUAAUGGACUUACUGAGAAAACGUUCAAAUUUGAGGAUUUCGCUCGCAGAUUGCUGCAUCCGAAAAUCGUGCGUGCCUGCACUGUCGUCCUGACGGACUGGACUCAGAUACCGACGCGGGCCCUCAAGGCGGCUGUCACCAUAUUGCAUCGCAUCGCUUACGGAUGCUCCUGUCCGGGCAUGCUCUACCAGGCCAAGCUGUUUCGGAUCUUUCAACAAGUCUUCAGCGUGGAACGUGACGCCCAUCAGGAGGAGCUGCGCCGCCUGGGCAUCUAUGUGGUGCGCAAAUUUGUCGAAGUGGCACCAACUAAUCCAAAAAUCUAUGCAGAGUUAUUAUUUUACAAGGGCAUACGGGAGGCCAACGAGCUCGAGACCGGCUAUUGUGAUGCCUAUGAAGCCGGCACCAAGGGCGCCUGGAGCGAGGAGCAGGAGACGGAGCUGCGUUUCCUAUUCGAGGAGAAUCAACGGAAUCCCGAAACCGAUAAGGAUGUGAUUGAUUGGAUUCUGGACAAUUUGGUAGACAAGACACGCACACGACGUGGCGUCCUGAAGAAACUCAAGGAAAUGGAGCUGCUCUUUAAGGCGCCCACAAAGCGAUCUACCAAGGCGGCGCUGGGUGGCAAGAACCUGUGGCAGCCGGAAGAGGAUGAGCAGCUGAGCAGCUUAUACGAUCAGCAUCGCUUGGAGCCAGAUUGCCUGCAGCGCAUUGUGGAGGCGUUUGAAGAGCGUCGCAACAAGCAGCAGAUAAUCAAGCGCAUGCUUCAGCUGCAUCUGAUUGCGGACAAAUCCGAGAUUUUGCCCGCCAAGGCGAGCAAGGGCAAACGCAAGGCCACCAAAAAUCAAAAGGGCAGCGAUAGCGGCGAGGAGUCAGAGCAGGAGCAGGAGCAGGAGGAUUUUGUGGAGGAACCAGCAUUUGGCGAGCGGCAGCCCAGGCAAAAGCUGGCCAAGUCCAAGCCACGUCAGCGUGUGCGCACGCCUUUGGAUGUGGGCACUGUGCGCGCCCUGAUCGCCCAGGUGGAUGCUGAGACCCAUGCGGAGGCGCUAGAUUGGCUAAAGGAGUGCCUGGAAGAUGCCAGCGAGGAUACCGAGGAAGCGGCCGAGGAUGAUGAUGGCGUCCCGCUGCUGCCACUACUCGAUACACAAAAGGAUGCCAUGGAACUGGCUGAUUUUCAGAAGGUCCUUGUUGCGCUGGGCAUGCAGCCGCCCAUUGUGGGCAUGGAGAGCUAUUGGCGCAUACCCAGCUAUCUCAAUGCAGCAGAUCUUAAGUUGCGCGCCAAAAUUGUAGCCGGCGAAGAGGUCGAGCCUGACAACGACAGCGAGCAGGAGUCGCAGCCAGCGGGUGACAGCGCUGAGGACGAGGAGGAGGAGGAGGAGGACUACUUGGAUAAGCGCAGCAGGGAACGUCAGCAGGCUGCCGCACAGAAUAUAUCAGUUCAGCAACAGCGCAAGCUGGACAGCCUGAUGUUCAACAAAAGCGACGACGAGGCCGAACAGCGCGAGCCGCCAACAAAGGCCAAGGGAAAGCGUUCCAAAAAGGGCAAAGUCAAAGCUAAGCUGCAACAAAAGGACUCCUCGGAUGAGCUGGAAGUCAAUGAAAUAGCGCGCAAAUUGGCACGCAGAAGGCGACAGCCUGAUGUGUCCAGCGACGAGUCCGAUGCAGAACAAGAGACACAACGAAAAGCUCAAAUGGAGCAAGAGCAGGAGUUGGUUGGCAAGCCAAACACGGAUGAUUUAUUUGAACAAUUGAAAGCUAAACGCGCCACUAAAAUCAAAUUGAAGGAUAUGGUUCUCGAUGAGGCGAGCCAGCCGGCAACCGAUGGGCAUGAGCAGGACGAUGAUGCACUCGAAUUCAAUUCGGAGGGCUUUAGGGCGCGGCUGCUCGAGCUUGAAGAGGAGGAGCAAGAACGGGCGCAAGGGACGGAGCCCGAAGAGUCGGAGCAUGACAAAGAGAAUGCCACAUUGCAGGCGAAUAACACAAUCAAGGCGAGCUCGUCUUCCGCCGCCCCAUCGUCCUGGCAGCGCACACGUCGUGCUAAUGUAAUUGACUCGGAUAGCGACAACGAUGAUGCUGGCGCCAUGCCUGCUUACAAGACAAACAAACGCCCACGCAGCGACAAUGAGCAGGAUGCCCAACAACGCGAUGAGCCCGACACCGACGACGAGGAUAUCAAUUUUCUGGCUCGCAAGAAGCCAGCCAGCAGCGAGCCGGCCAAGCGACGUCGUCUGGCCAUCAUCGACGACGAUGAUGACGAGAAUAAUGAUUUCUAGAAUGUAAUUAAGUUAGAACUUUGAUUUUGCUAUUGAAUAAAUGUCACACUGCAGCUUGCAUAACGC